AUGGCAGCUUUGGCAAACUGUAUUAAGCUUAAUUCGCCUCAGUUCUGCAGAGUAUUACAGCAGAUGAAUAUUUCAACGCCAUCAAUUCAUGUUACGAGCUUUGAUGACGAUGCGUACAACGAAAACAUGCAAAGAAAGUUAGACGACCCAACUUGGGCUGAAUUGGAAGACAAAUCCAAGACAGGAUCGGCUGAAGCGAUGGUGGAAAACUCUUUGGAUGAUGAUAAGAACAAGCAAGAAAGCGGUUUAUCUUUUACUAAUGUUAAUGCUAAUGACAAUGAUGGUGUCAGCAAAAAAGGAUCUCAUGAAGAAGAGAACACAGCUGUGUUAGAAAGCCACGAACAAACAGCAAAAAGUCAUCAACCAUCGACUAAUGAAGGAAGUGAAGUCUCGUCGCACACUCCAACAGAGAUUGAAGACAACCAAGUAGAAACAAAGAAAGACAAUUUAAAUAAACAAGGCGCUACUGAACAACUUAAGACAUCCGUUUCAAGGAAAGCGAGAAAGACUUCUUGGAGCUCAAGCGAUACGCAGCGUAAUGGUUUGAUAAAAAAUCCUUCUCCACCGCGGCGAAGAUAUACGGUGGGUUCAGUUUCUGGGGACAAUAAAAAUUACAAUGGGUCUCAGAAUAAUUCAAACCUCAACAAAAGGAGGUCUGUCCAAAGCUUUGGAUCCACACCAUUAAACAGUCGCUUGAUUACAGGUGAAAAUAAACACUCUACUGAAAUUAUGAUCAACAAAAAGAAAUCAGAACGAAUCGAUUUGUCUUUUAAGAGUGACCCAAGGAAAAGAUUGCAAACUUGCGGGGAGCUCGCUAGAACUGAAAAUAACAGUGGAGAUACGACACUGGACAAAGGCUCCCGAAGAUUUGACGGCGAUCACAGGGCUGUAGACAACGUUCAUUCGGCCCCUGCCGGAUCUCCACCGAGGUCUCCAAAAGUGCCAGUGAGGAAAAUCUCUGAAAAUAGCUUGUCUAUUCUGAAGAAUGCAGGUGUAACCACAAACACGGACGAAAAUUAUUCACUAAGUUCUCCCGUGAGGCGAGUUUCUACGUCAAUAAUUGAAGGGACAAAUCCACCAUCAAAUUCUCGAGCUAGAUCUGAAGCAGACAAAAGGAUAGCACAAAGUUUAAACUUAGCAUCUCCACCCCAAACGCGUAAGUUUAGCUCCCCGAAGCCACCAUCGGGGGAAAGACAUGCACAGCUGGCCGUCAGAGCAAAUCGCUCUCUAAGUAAGUCUGAUCUGGAUCUCCGCAAGAUUGGAUCUGAAGAAGAAACUGUCGAAGUAGGAAGACCCGUUAGUGUGUCGUCCCCAACACAUCCGCGCAGAGCUAGUUCAUCUCUGGGUAUCAGUGUUAGCCUUUCUAUGAGCAAGUCUGAAACUGAUCUUCGCAAGCUUGUGUCUGAUGAGGAGGAAAUGGAAAGAAGAGGAAGUUUGUCAGCUCACUCAUCACCUCGCAUGUUGCGCCGAAGUAGCAAUUGUCAAAUUCAAAAAAGUGCACCAACCUGUCCUGUGACUCCCCAGCAGGAGCGCAAGAUUUUUAUGGCAGCUGCCAAGCAAGAAGCGCGCCUACCAACACGGGCCAAGGCCAGGAAUGACCUUCAAGCUACAUCACAGCUGAUAAUUGAACAGGCAGAGAAGGAACUGAACAAAUUCAGCGAGCGCUUGCCGCACAUCUCUAUGGAACAAGUGAUGAAAACUUGGCAGAUCACAAACAGCAGGCAUUGGAAUAUGGUAUCAACUGUAGUGAAUCCACAUGCAAAAGGUAAAGGUAGUGGGACAAAUAUGGAAGAGGUUAAGGACUGCAGAUACGUACGGGAAUCUGUAGUAAUGCAGAAGAAGAAAAAGUUUUCACACUAAUAAGUUGCCUCGUUCCCACGCGUUUUCGGCUUGGUCAAACCUGGACUCUAUCGUGAGAUAUGACGUCACCAAGGGAGACUCGCCUACCUUUUCCCAGACUUCGCGCAGACAACGGGCAAGAGAGAACGCUUAUUGACUGGGCGGACUAAUAAGUAUAGAGCGUUUUCACUCACCAGCAUCUAUGCAGAGUUUGACUCCCAAAGAAUUGGCUUGGAGAACCCAACGUAGCCGCGUUUCAUUGUUUUGGAACAUCAAUAUGGCCGCCGUGGAGUCCUGUGAAAACGCUCUAUAAACGCAUUUAAGUAUUGACCUAAUCUAGUAAACUGAACUACCAAGCCGAAGCGAGACAACAAGCAGUCAAUUCAACUAAAAGGAACUAUAUUCAGAUCUUGAUCCAAUAUUAAAUUUGACAUUGAUUCCACACAAUCAGAAUCGAAAAAAUUUUAAUGCCAAUCAGGCUUACCGCUAAUAUCUCAGCUUAUCUCGGCAUAGCUAUAAAUGCUAAAAGACUGUCAACGUAAACAAGAACUAUAUUAUUUUUUCAAAAUUUAUAGAAACGUUGAUGGGAAAGAUUUCUCAAAGGUUGUGUUUCAUGAGAUACUCUGCAUAAUUCGCCACCACAGCUCACGCAAGAGACUCACCCCUCAAUCAAAGGGCGUGAAUGCUUAGUGUAAAAGAAGGAACUCAAAUAUCAUGACAGAAGCAUGUAAUAUGAUCAUGAGCAUUGCUGAGGUUUUCAUAUUCACUAAAUUUAGAUGAGAAUUUAGGGGUGUUGUCUAUUUUAAAUUAUGUGUGGCUUUAGCAGCCCAAAAACGGACUUGCGUCCUAAGUAAAAGCAGCUUUGCACUGGGACAUAGUUAAACAACCUGUUCAUUUGAGAGUAACGAUCGAAAAUGUACUCGCUCAUCCUCCUGCUUUUUUUUUUUUUUUGCUUAAUUGUACACCUGAUAAGGUUUUUUCUUUCUCUCCAAACCUGGAUGCUAUCCAUUAGAUUACAAGUCCAGGAAAUUCACUUAAAUUGGCAAAUUACCAAAGUGAACUUUAAUUGUCGCGAUAAACUACUCCGAUACUGAGCAAUUUCUCCACAGUUGAUAACCACCACACGCGCGUCGUUUCAGAAGGCUAAUCUUAAGGAAAAACCACUUUUUAUAUCACGGUACUGAUCUUUUUUUCCGUGAUGUGUAUUUGAGCUGUGGGCAUGAGGAUAACCCUGAAGAUCGUUUGGAGACAAAAUUAUCGACUGAAGGAAAUGGCUGACCUAUAUGUUUCUAAGUUAACCUGAGUGUGUACUUUUCUGAGUUCAGCCCAGUUAGCGAAGGGAACUGAGAAACUGGACUCUUCUUUCAGCCACGCAACAACACGAAAUACGCGUGCACAGCUACAAAGUUUGUCAGAAAUAAACACUCGAUCUGUUGACGGGGUAUCCAGAGGGGGCAAUAUGAACAAGUUCUGGAAGGGGAGUGGGGGGAGAGGGCCCUCCUGAUCCCGCAUUCCUGUUCCUUUUUCACGAAAAUCCCGCAUCCCGUCUUUUUUUUAUCGCCUUCUCGAAUACCGUUUUUUUUUAAAUACUAAUUGCUUAAAACCCGUUAAAUGUAAGAUAUAGAUUGGCUCUUUCGAUUGAUAUUACAAAUUUACGCGUGUUUUAAGGCCAUUGCAAAAAAGAAAUUGGUUUUCAUACUUCAGUAUGACGAAAAUGAGGGGGAAAGGAGGAAGAAAGGAAGAGGGAGAGGGGAGGGUUUCUUCCCCCUCACUCCCAACUCCAACCCCCUUGAUGUUUUUUUCCCGCUAACUAGUCUUUGCGCCGCCCCGUGGGGCAAAAGAAUACAACCCACUCCCGGAAGACAUUCUCAAGUUUUAAAAGGAAUUAAAAAGUCGCCGCCCACUUUCUUGGAAACACUUCUGAAAUAAAUCGAAUUAAUCACAUUUUCCAUAACAGUAUAACUCAUGUAUUUAUUUCUAUUCGUAACACAUGUAAAUAUUUUUGCUCGGAUGUAAUUUUAUUAUUGUAUAUUUUAAUUGUAUUACGACAGAAUAGCCCCGUAUAGAGGAGUCACCCGCGUAAUAAAGUGUAUGUUACUACCAGCACGCCUGGAAAAGGCUGUGUUUUCCCGGAUCCCGAAAUUACUCUUCUGUUAGCUAUCUCCUGGGCUUCCCGGUCGGAAAUUAAAUGACGGUGGCGGCUGUUCGCAGUGGCAAGCCAAAUUAUGAAUGCCUUUAAAGCCCGUUAUAUCUACUGAACGCCGCUUUAGUAAAAGAAGGGAUUACCGCUUCGGCGUUUUUUGUAAUGCAACUGAAAAAAAUGACAUUUGAUCCGACUUCCGCCGGAACUAGAGAGAACAGUUAUGCAUAUAGCCUCACACCCUUCCGCCACGGUCACCAAUGCAAAAUUACGUCACCCACGCCACCCUUCUUGGAAAACGACUCAUAUCCAUUUGACUGCUAAUCCUUGCUGGUUCAAUCAGUAUUCUCACUGAAAAUUAAAGUGGGUCAAGAGGAAUCCGGCUGAACUAAAUCAAGGAAAACCGUAAGUAAUAUUAAGCACUUCAUGGUCUGUUAUUUUAGUAGGUAUCAUGAACCAGAUCACCACUUCAUUUGAAACUCUUCACUCCACGGUCUUUGUAAGAAGGUUCACAAUUCGGAGUUCAAGCUACACGAUUUAAUUGAAAUAAAAGUUAACUUCUCUUCUUAAAGGCAAUCUUGAGAGCCAUGCCGAUUUUGACGCGGCAGUUCCCGGUUGAUACUGUGAAUUAAAGUGAACUUAAAAAAAUACUCUGGUCAAUACUUUUAGUCAGAACUAAUCAGUAAAGCACGUAAUUCGAGUUUUAAAAUGGCGCGGGCAAGUUUGUUUGUUUGUUUUUGUCAGCAGUACGUUUUUAAAAUGCUGUACGUCUCAGCUUGUUUGGACUGUUAUCUGUUUCGUAACCAAGAUCAGUCAGUCUCCGAAAUUUUUAAGAAUUCAAACAUUUGGGUUUCAUUCAAUCGCCACAUUUCUAUUAUUAUUCACCCGUUGAAGGCUCCGCGCUUGUUGAAUUAUUUAUUUUUCAAAGUUUUCAAAUUUUUCAAAUUUUGCAUAACCAAAUAAUGAUUUGGGGGCGCCGGACUACCGCAUUCCAGCGCAUACCGGCCAAGAGUACCGGAAGACGAUGCUUGUGAAAAUUUGGGGGGAGGACAAACAGAGUGUAUUUUGCAUGGUGCUCUGCUUUGUUAAUUCAGUGUACAAUUCGUAAACCACUCCAAAGAGACUUAGAGGUUUUAGAUUAAGCCUCUUUUGCUUUGAACUGCAACAGUGAUCUGUUUUUCAGAUAGCCUGUGUGGCAGGCGUUUGAAAGGGAAGGGAACGGGAGUUUUGGGCGCGAGAGAAAAACUUCCUUUCCCUUCCCUUUCAAACGCCUGCCACGCAGGCUAUUUGUCAGAGGGCUUGGACUAGGCGGAGAGGACCCUGGGAACGAGUUUAGGCGAUUUUCUUCUCAGUGCUCCACUCAGUUGCCAGCCUUGUACUGCAUUCAAGUUUUUGUUUCUUAAUGUUUUAAUUCAUACAAAGAUUCAGACCCUUUUCUUUUAAAUCAACAAUGAUACAAUCAGAAAAAAAGAAUGAAAGAGAGGAUAGGACAACUAGUUUGCUGUUUCACUGUGCGUCACGGUCUAUGCGAAUAUCUUCAUAUAGACCAAGUGCAGGGGGUGGGGGGUACUUCCUUAUAAAAGGCUAAUGGGGAUGUGCCGCUGAAUGGGAACGAAUUUUCACGACUGGAUUGACUAUAACGUGGUUGCAUUUUCAAUAGCGUUACUAGAUAUCACUAGAAUGGGACCCAAGUGCCCCCCCACCCCAACCCGGGACCAUGUGCCUUCUCUUUGUUUUGUUUGCUCUUUGUUUGCACUCCAAAUUUUCCGCGAAAUGGAUCUAAAUUACAUAUUCUAGGCCUGUGACACUGAGUUUUCAGUGUUACGUUAGAACGAACCCCCCGCUGAGUCAAAUUUUUCACUUGAUCGAAUGCUACAUGUUUACCCGAAGGUAUUACAAAUACAAUCUUAACUACUUGAUUGAAGCGUGAUACGUGAGCCAAAUGGAACUCGCUGCUAUUUUGUUGACAUGACAUGGGUGUAAUUGCUUGCUGUGACCUUAUUAGGCCAGCGGAAACAUUCGAGAAGCUGCUAAAAUAAUCGAAUCGAAUGUUUACUCGAUUAGUCAUAUCCGCUAAAAAUGAACUAAGAUCCUUAAAACUAUAAAAACCACUAAAAAAGGAAAGAAAAUGGAUUGAACUUCAUCUGGCAGGCUUUGAGUUGAUUUAGACGGCGAUUUUUCACAAUACUUAUGUUACUGUUUUUAGGACCACCAAAGCUGUACCCAAGAUGAGCUUGAAAACAAUGUCACGAUUGCCACAGAUUUCUGUAACUUCGCCCCGGGAAUCAAUCGAAAAGGCAAUAUUUUUUCCUUCAAGAGGAAAUGUGGCCAGAGAAAAAAAUGACCCCCUUCCGAGUGGAGACAAUUCGUCUGACAACAAAAUUUUAAAGGAUAAAAAUUCGGAAGCUGUAAACAAAAAUAACACGCCGUCUGUUUUGCUUCGCGUGAAACCAAAUCCACGACAAGUUGAGCCGGGUCAUCUCAUCACGGAUCAAUACGUGCCUAACAAAGAAAAUGUGUUAGAUUAUCGAUAUCAGCAGCGUCACAAAAAGAGCGUCAUCAUAACACGCGAAGGUCUCGCUCCAGCUAGCAAAGCCCGUGAGCGAGAACACGUUUGUACAGUUUCUGGAAACAUGUCUGGCGGUAAAACGCAGCCAAAGAAAGUCACAGUUACAGCUGGGUCUUUGAGGGCUCGAGAUCAAUCCUUUCAGGCAACUUCCUCGGGCAAUGAACAAUUCAGGGGUGUUAUUUCAGGACUUGGCAUGUCUCGAGUUCAAGACUCCGGUCUACCUAAGUAUACCCCAAAAGAUACAGAUAGACUUUCAAGAAGUUCAGUCAGUGUUAAAGGAAUCAGCAAGUCCAAGGAAAUAGUGAAAAAAGAGGAGAAGUUAAAACCACAGGUUCAUCACGCGCUUUUGCAUUCAAAACAUAGCGGAGGGCACGAAGAGCGAACACGAAGAAGAGUUUCACCCGGAUCACCGUUGAAACAACUGACUGAUGAUUCGCCUUCGAAAGGUGGAAGGAGAUACUUAAACAUUAGUCCGAAACCUAAAGAUUCUGGAAUUGAAAGAAAAUUGAAAACUCCGAAAAAGGUUACACCAAUUCCUUCUCCCGCUGCGCGCCACGGGCAAAACGACGAUUCCGCCAGGAGAAGUUCAGAGGAUCUGGUCCCAGUCAUGGAGUUACCUAAAGUAACUAUGAAUGAAGUGCUACAAUCAUGGAAUAUAGGGCCGGCGCGGAACAGAACGUCAAAUCUCGCGGGAAAAGACCCAAUGGAAUUUUUAUUAUCGAGGGAGCGCUCCGAUUCUGAGCCGAAACAAAGAACGACGACACUCGAAGAACUCCGGAGAUGUCGAUACUUACGAACAGGCGGAAAAGACGAACAAGAGCUCAAACACAGUAAAAUUUGUUCGUGCAAUUCAUGUGAACAUGGGGAAGGCUUGAAGAGCACGCCAUAUUUAAAUUCUUAG